CACCUCUGUUGCUGGUUUGAGCAUGGUUUGACCCAGAUGUGAUUUAUACCUUAACUUCUCAAAAGACCAUUUGUGUUAUAAUCGAGCAUUCGCUUCAAGCUUACCUGAGCUUCGUCCUUCGUUGGGCUCAUAUCUAGCCCUGAGCGGGCCUGAUAAUUCUCUUGUUUCGAUUGUCCCAACCGUAAAAGUCCCAUAUCCCUGGUCGCCCGUUCCCAGCCUGUGCCAUGAUGGAAUCCGAUAUUCGCCAGCGGAAGCAUGUGAACUCGGUAAAUUCUGUGAGCGAUAAGCAUCACGAUCCUACUGAUGCGGCUCCGCGCCUGAAGCAUGGUCUUGCCAUGCAAGUACUUCGCUCUCUUCUGCUCGCUACAUGGUUCAACUGCUGUUGCGUCGCUAUUUUAGCGACGCAAAUUAUCGGCUGCCCUCUCUAUCUGAUCAAUAAGGAUUAUUACUACGCCUACAUGGCAUACACUAAGCAAUCGUUCGGCCUGGUGAUUACGGCUCUUACACAGUGGGGUUGUCCAACGGUUGUGCGCGUCAGCGGAGACAAAAGUGUACGAGGUCAAAUUCAUCUUGCGGCGGACGGACGGUUAAAGACGAGUUUUCCGGAGCGACUGGUAAUGAUCGCUAAUCACCAGGUAUACACCGACUGGAUUUAUUUAUGGUGGGUCGCAUAUACGAACCAGAUGCACGGUCGCAUCUUCAUCAUUCUGAAAGAGUCUCUCAAAUACAUUCCCAUCAUUGGUCAAGGUAUGACCUUUUACGGCUUCAUCUUCAUGGCUCGGAAGUGGCUCUCGGACAAGCCGCGACUUCAACACCGUCUAGAGAAACUGAAGACUCAGCAUUCAGGUUCUCAGUCGGGCUCGCCCCAGUAUGAUCCCAUGUGGCUCUUGAUCUUCCCAGAAGGGACGAAUUUGUCAAUCAACACUAGAAGACGGAGUGCGGAAUACGCAGUGAAACAGAAGCUUUCACCUUUGAGGCAUGAGCUUAUACCCCGCUCCACUGGUCUUUUCUUCUGUCUUCAACAACUACGGGGCACCGUGGAAUGGGUCUAUGACUGCACCGUAGCCUACGAGGGACCUCCAAAAGGUAGCCUACCUGACAAGUACUUCACACUCCGGUCGACAUAUUUACAAGGUCGACCACCGACCUCCGUUAACAUGCAUUGGAGACGCUUUGCGGUUGCAGACAUCCCACUGGAAGAUCAAGACGAAUUUGAUGCCUGGCUCCGAGCUCGCUGGGGCGAGAAGGAUCAGCUUUUGGACGAGUGCUUCGGAACUGGCCGAUUUCCGACCGAACUAGGAGGCUCUAUUAUCGCUGAAUCUGGAAGUCCAGAGCAGACAUCUGCGGCGGCUGUUGGCUAUGCUGAAACACAUGUUCGGCUACGCCAUUGGGCUGAAUUGAGCAGGAUAUUCAUGGUGCUGGUGGGCACUGCUUUGCUGUGCAAGUUGCCCCGGCUAAUUGGUUUGUAUUGAGGCCAUUGCGCAGUACGCCGCAGUAAAUGGAGUUCUUCGGUCGGGUGGAAAUUGGAGCAAUGUCAUGAUUUGAGUAAAUGCACUAAGCGUCACGACUUCUCUCCUGUUCUUAUACUUACUGAAUGACAUGAUGAGCAUCAUUAGUAUUCUUGUGUAUAGCUGUCUGUCUAUAUCGAGCGGGGUUG